CCUACCCACGUAGCUCCCAGAGGGGUGCGCUUCUUUUGAGUGAAGGGAGAACGCGAUAGUACAGUAAACCAGUGCGAAAAUACAUUAUUAUUGAGUCUUUUCAUAUUAUUACCAAAGAAUAAGGUCUGGACACGUGGUUUGCUAUUCUCCGUUUCUUGCUAGUUUUAACUACUGGAUUAAAUUGAAUCAUGCUAAAUUAAGUGGUAAAUCUAAGCCGCAUGACGUGAUGAUGAUGAAUUUGCGUUGACGUAGUUAACGUUAUAGGCCUAUUGAUUAACUACAUCCGUUGAUGAGGAUUGUGUGAUGUGGUUGAAAGCUCAACAAAUCUAGAAAAUUAGCCUUGAGUCAAUAUUACUUUGUAAAUCUAUACCGCCAACGUUUAAAAUUAAAAAGUGUAAAAGCUAUUUGCUGGUCUUUGUUCGAAGGUGGCGGGCUACGUGGGUCCAUAAAUCGAGCGCACCUGUAUGUCUCCUUCAUAGGGGGAGCCUGUCAAGUUUGUGUGAAGUUGUGAAAAGUUGUCAACCCGAAAAAAAAGAGCAGAGAAACUCCUCCCGUCUUCAAAUUAUGAGCAAUCAGCAGCAGGGUGAAAUGGCCGCUGUGGAGAGCGGUGGAGGCUACAGUCAAAAGCGAAACACCAACUCGCAAGACUCGCAGCAGCCAUCUCCUCUUGCCUUGUUGGCAGCCACGUGUAGUCGAAUUGACACCCCAGGAGAGAAUGAUUCACCUGCAGACCAACAUCAACAAAACCAGCAGCAACAGCUGGAAAUAAACCAGGGUGUUUUCACCUCCAGUGCUAACGGCUGGCAGGUUAUCCCUCUUAGCGUUCAAGCAACCUCAGGCACUAACACCAUCACCACCGACUCCUUAGGGGUGAUGACAGCAGACAUGGGCAAGAGUAGACAGUUGCUGUCACCAUCAGCAACUGUCGUGAGUACUCAGGGACAGCAGCAGCAUCAGCAGCCACAGCAAUAUGUAGUAGCUCAGGCUCCAUCGAUGCAGGGUCAGCAGAUGCUUACCGCCAUAUCAGGUAUGAUGCCCAACAUCCAGUACCAGGUUAUUCCCCAGUUUCAGACAGUAGAUGGCCAGCCACUGCAGUUGGCACACGCUCAGCAGGAUUCUGCUUUAACUGCUGCUCCAGGCCAGCAGUUUCAGCUAGUGUCAUCUGCUAAUGGCCAGCAGAUCAUAGCUGCAACCAACAGAGCUGGUGCUGCAGGAAACAUCAUAACGAUGCCCAGUCUCCUUCAGGGAGCCAUCCCCAUACAAAAUAUAAGCUUAGGCAAUGGCAUGUUACAAACCCAGCCCCAGUUCCUGGCAAAUAUGCCCGUGUCACUAAAUGGAAACAUCACUUUUUUGCCCGUCAGCACUGGAACAAGUGGAGGAGAUGCAAAUGGUGGAGGGGAUACAGGGGGAAACCAACUUAUACAGCAACAUCCAGUGUCCAGUGGGGCAGGUUACAUGACGAGUGCGUCCACUCUCACCACACAGGCUGCCUCUUCAUAUGGAAUGACUCAAACUCAGAACAGCAAUGGAGUGUUGACGGGGACAUUCCAGCAGAACACAGUAUCUUCUCUGGGUGUCCCGAUACAGCCAGACAACAGAGACGGGCAGCAGCCACAACAAAUCCUCAUCCAGCCACAGCAGGUUAUCCAAGGUGGAACAUCCCUCCAGACCAUCCAGGCCGGUACUGUUGCGACCACUGGGGCUCAGGUAUUUGCGACUCCGACACUCAGCCAGGAAGGGCUUCAAAAUCUUCAAAUUAUGCCGAAUACAGGCCCCAUCCUCCUGCGCACCGUAGGCCCCAAUGGCCAGGUGAGCUGGCAGACCAUUCAGAUCCAGAGUCAGGCAGGACCGCAAAUCACGCUGGCCCAGAUGCAAUCUCUCCCCCAACUUGGCCAGACUGCUUCUGCAGGUGGGGGAGUUUCUGUCAACACAGUGCAAAUUCCAGGCAUCCAGACCAUAAAUCUCAACACACUCGGAGGUUCCGGGCUGCAGAUGCACCAGCUGCAGACUGUUCCCAUCACCAUCGCUAGCUCAGCAGGAGAACAGCUGCAGACAGGCGGAGACAGUUUGGAUGAUGGUGCACCUAUGGAGGACGGGGACAUCAGCCCACCACCUCAAGGACGACGCAACCGCAGGGAAGCCUGUACCUGCCCCUUCUGCAAGGAUGGAGAGGGACGGGACCCGACUAAAAAGAAGCAGCACAUUUGUCACAUCUCUGGCUGUGGGAAGGUCUACGGCAAGACGUCCCACCUGAGGGCCCACUUGCGUUGGCACACAGGAGAACGACCCUUCGUCUGCAGCUGGUCCUUUUGUGGCAAACGAUUUACCCGUUCAGAUGAGCUCCAGCGCCAUAAGAGGACGCACACAGGUGAAAAAAGGUUUGUCUGCCCCGAGUGUCCUAAACGCUUCAUGCGCAGCGAUCACCUCUCCAAGCACAUCAAAACCCACAUGAACAAGAAAGCAGUCGCCACCAGCAGCACCGCCGUCUCAGCCGACGCUGCAGAAACAAAAGUCGGCACAGGAGCGGUGUCGGCCGGCGACCAGCACACCAUCGUCACCAUGGAAACCUUAUCUGCAGAGAGCAUAGCUCGGUUAGCCAACAGCGGGAUCAACAUGAUGCAAGUGGACCUUCACCAUAUUAACGGUAACAGCUACUAAGGACGGUGGAGGAGCGGGGAGACGGCCUUUGGUGGAUGUUGCUUUAGGACAUGUGGGGUUAAAAAGGGCCGACACAGAACCUCUCACGGGCUUCAGACAGGAGAGACGCUCGCAGGUGCAACGCAACGGACACUAUUGAAUCUUGUAUUUAGAUAUAUCUGUGGUAUAGAAGGGUCAGAGUUUGAGGAGAAUGUUUGGACUAGGGACAUCAUGAGUUCCCCUGAGUUUAAAUGGCACUACCCCAACAUCUGUCCCACACAAAGACUCACUCUUACCCGAUGGUGGGAUUGCAAUAACACACCCACAGACCGGCACCCUUGAUGCUGAAUUAGUAGCUAAUAAUAACAUCCCGACUGCAAGCGUCUUUAGUAAAGAGAUGACGAUACUAAGUCAGACUCUCACCCUGGUUUCCGAGGCCGUUCGCUCCUCGUCCCUCUUCUCCUCGGGUAUCUCCGGCCCCCCUAGACCGGGCUGCUGUAUCAGCCUGGCCCCUCAGGCUAACUGACCUAUAAUGCUAAACAUCCCCCCUAAAAUUGUAAGUAUAACAAUCUUGUGCCGAAAAUAUUUUGUAUUGUUUCUCACAUUUCUAUUUUAAUAAUCCCAGCAUCAUAGGAAUAAUCUGAGAAGUGUUUUAGGGUGAACCGUUGAGAGGACGGCCGGAGUACUAAAGGUCCCGACCGGGUCACAGCCAGACGCACUAAUCCGUGCGAGGACGUAGGUGUGCCAGGGCACUGACAUCCUGAGAAGAACUCUUUAACCUCUGCAGUAGGUACACACACACUCAAGCCAUCAUGCUUUGAUACGUUUAUCAUAGCGAAACAUUUUGAUUUUUUUAUGUAUAUAUAUAUAUUUUUGGUAAAGGCUACAGAAAUUCUUAGCUUAGGCAGGAUCAUCUUACAUGAUUGCCUUUCAGUUGUAUGAACCUCAUGCACAAUCAAUCUUAAUCUUAUGUUAUUACUUUUAUAUAUAUAUAUAUAUAUAUAUGUAGAUUAAAUGUUUAAAUUUAAGAGCCUUUCUGUCAUAGAAUAAUGUAUUCUAUACAGUCCAGAUCUUCCCAGUACCUUUUUGUUUUUGCUCCCGUGGUAUACUCGUCUUUGCCUUGCAGUUACGUCAGUUUUCUUUUGGUGGAAAACUUUUUUUUGUUUCUUCUUCUAGUUUAAAUCGGGUCAGAAGUAUUUUUGUAAUGUCCAGACUGCAUAAAUAUGCAAGCUCAAAACCAAAGGUUCAUACUCAUUUUAUAAGCAAAACUAGUACGUCUGUCUUUGGUCCAUGAACUUCCUAUUCAUUUUUACUCGUGUAUUGCAUACGUUAAAGUUCUAACUGGAAAAGAUCCGGCUUGAGGCAAGCACCGGACACGCAUCCCUUUGUUGUCCAAAUAAAUAAGUUGCAAAAUGUGUUGGUCAAUAUUUCUUUCCUGAAAGAUGCUUCUCACACUGUUGAAAUGGUUGAUGUUUAUUUGACAAAGAUAAUUGUAACGUAUGUUUAAAAGCUCUCCCUUGAAACUCUAUAGACUAAGUUCAUCAGACAAGUGCUCUUACUUUUUUUUCUUUGAAGGGAUUUUAUAUUGUGUGUCUAUACAACUACUGCAAAUGCCAACAGCUGGAUUAAAAUUCUGAAUAUACUUGUCUCUUCUUUGCAAACUUGUCUCAAUCUCACAAACGGAUGAUUAAAAAAUAUAUACGUUCAUGUAAAA